AUGAACAGCAAGAUGAACAGCAAGAUGAACAACAAGAUGAACAGCAAGAUGAACAACAAGAUGAACAGUGGGAUGAAGAGCAAGAUGAACAGCAAGAUGACCAACAGGAUGAACAGCAAGUUGAACAGUAGGAUGAGCAACAAGAUGAACAACAAGAUGAACAGCAAGAUGAACAACAAGAUGGACAGUAGGAUGAACAGCAAGAUGAACAAAAAGAUGGACAGUAGGAUGAACAGCAAGAUGAACAACAAGAUGAACAACAAGAUGAACAACCAGAUGAACAAACAGAUGACCAACAAGAUGAACAUCUAUAUGAACAGUAGGAUGAACAGCAACAUGAACAACAAGAUGAACAAUGGAAGUAGGAUGAACAACAAGAUGAAAAGUAGGAUGAAGAGCAAGAUGAACAACAAGAUGAACAGAAGGAUGAACAGUAGGAUGAACAACAAGAUGGACAGUAGGAUGAACAAAAAGAUGAACAGUAGGAUGAACAGCAAGAUGAACAGUAGGAUGAACAAGAAGAUGAACAGCAAGAUGAACAAGAAGAUGAACAAUAGGAUGAACAGCAAGAUGAACAGCAAGAUGAACAGCAAGAUGAACAGCAAUAUGAACAGCAAGAUGAACAACAAUAUGAACAGUAGGAUGAACUGCAAGAUGAACAACAAGGUGAACAGUAGGAUGAACAAGAAAAUUAACAAGAAGAUGAACAGCAAGAUGAACAGUAGGAUGAACAGCAAGAUGAACAGCAAGAUGAACAGCAAGAUGAACAACAAGAUGAGCAGCAAAAUGAACAGUAGGAUGGCCAGCAAGAUGAACAAGAAGAUGAACAGUAGGAUGAACAGCAAAAUGAACAACAAGAUGAACAGUGGGAUGAAGGGCAAGAUGAAGAGCAAGAUGACCAACAGGAUGAACAGCAAGUUGAACAGUAGGAUGAACAACAAGAUGAACAACAAGAUGAACAGCAAGAUGAACAACAAGAUGAACAGUAGGAUGAACAGCAAGAUGAACAACAAUAUGAACAACAAGAUUAACAACCAGAUGAACAAACAGAUGACCAACAAGAUGAACAUCUGUAUGAACAGAAGGAAGAACAGCAAGAUAAACAACAAGAUGAACAGUAGGAUGAACAGCAAGAUGAACAACAAGAUGAACAGUUGGAUGAACAGCAACAUGAACAACAAGAUGAACAACAAGAUGAACAGUAGGAUGAACAGCAAGAUGAACAAAAAGAUGGACAGUAGGAUGAACAGCAAGAUGAACAACAAGAUGAACAACAAGAUGAACAACCAGAUGAACAAACAGAUGACCAACAAGAUGAACAUCUAUAUGAACAGUAGGAUGAACAGCAACAUGAACAACAAGAUGAACAUUGGAUGA